AUGAAAUUUAUUGUUACAGAUCAAUUAAAGAUUUCACAGUGUUCCAGCUCCGGGUUUGAUCUCACCCACAUUUCUCAUUUUGAGGAAUCGCGCAUUCUUUCAAUGAGUCAACUAAAUUUGACUAAACAACUAAUCUCCAACAUUGAGAGCCAUAGAAUAGGAACCGAGUACAAAAGGAACCUUAUCUUAUCCAUACUUAAAUCCACAGCAUCCAAAAGAGAAACCAAGAAUUAUCUCAAUAAAUAUCAGAACCAAUUUGCUUAUGGAGGUUCAGAUAAAAAUUAUCAAAGAAACUUAUUUGUAGACCGAUUUUUAGCCGAUAGAAACCCCUUUGGUAAUAUAUACGACGAAGAUGAGAAUAAAUUAAGUAAAAUACCUUUAAGAGUGGCGAUAUUUAAAUUAAAUUAUCAAUCUAUAAAACCUCGGUUUUGGAAUGGGAUUCAAGAAACAUUCAAACGGUUAAUUAAUCUUGGAAUUAGUCCAAUAGUCAUCAUGGAUUACGAUUUCUUGAAUGACAAAUCCCCAGGAAACUUCAGAAAUAAUGAAUUGUUAACUAUAAAUGAAGGUAACAGAAUUCUCAAUAGUUUGAAGGAUAUUAAUCCUCGUUUAGUACGGAAUAUCUUCAAGAUAAAGGAAGGGAAGUUGUUUUUACAUGAUUUACAACAAUUAAUAAUCCCUUUGUAUCAAGAAUUUGUUCCUAUCAUCCAACCUAUCAUCACUGAGAUCGAUUCAUCUAAUCAAUUCUUUGCUCAGUCUAACGAUCUUCUUAAGACCUUAUGUGAAUCAUUGUUACAAACCAAGAACAUAUUAUCAAUUGAGAAGAUCGUUAUCAUCGACAAAAAUGGGGGGAUUCCAUCGAUCGAAAGGAAUCAAACUAGCCAUGUGUUUAUCAACUUGUCUCAAGAAUAUAGUGAUUUGGUUUCUGAAUUGUAUAUUGGCUUCCUUGAACCAAGUAAACGUGAUUUCCAUUUAAAUAAUUUAUCCACAGUAAAUGACGUGUUGACUACCAUCAACAAUCUUACUGGUAAUGACGAAGCAACAGCUAUUAUCACUACUCCUUAUAUAACAUCGAUUAAUAAUGAUCAAUUGAAUCCUAUUAUUUAUAAUGUUUUAACUGAUAGACCAAUUAUAUCGUCAUCUUUGCCUACAACCUUCGAAAGAACCCCUACAUUAUCAACAUCGAUUCUUAAAAAAGGUAUGAAAGUAGAAGUUCUCGAACCUGAAAAUUACGAUAAGCAAUUCACUUUACAGAACUUGAUCGAUGAUGGUUUGGUGGAUAAAACUAAGUUAUUUGCAUUAAUAGAAGAUUCGUUUGGAAGACAGGUGGAUAUGGACAAUUAUAUGAAUAGAAUCAACGAUACCAUUGCUACAGUGAUUAUCAUUGGUGAUUAUGAUGGUGGAGCCAUCAUUACUAAAGAACAAUAUGAAGACCAAACAGUUACAUAUUUGGAUAAGUUCGCUAUAGCCAAGAAGAAUCAAGGAUUACCAGGAAUGGCAGAUAUCAUUUUCAAAUUGAUUGUCCAAUCCAACCCCGAUGAAUUGAUUUGGCGUUCCAGAAGCAAAAACCCGGUAAACAAAUGGUAUUUCGAACGUUCAAUUGGUUCUAUGGCUACUGGAUCCCAAUGGAAAAUUUUCUACACCGGAGAUAUCUUUAAUAAGUCUAUUAACACCAAAAAAAGAAGAGAUCACGUGAACAUCAGUGAAAAGUUAAAGAUUUAUUCGGCCAUUUGUGAAAAUAUCCCUCCAUCUUUUAUAUAG